UCCCUCCCGCCACUCGCCGGUGUCUGUUCGAGGCGCAGCCAGUUUCUAUAGCGACGGCGCUGAGCCGCGGCUCUUCCGAGUAGUAACAAAGCCCGGCCGCCCGCUGCCGCGCCGGGGCUGCGGGGGGACGCGGAUCCUUCUCCCGAGGACACCGCGACAGUUUUUGCCUGUGUGGAGAAGAAUAGGUAUUUCUUGUGUGCUCUCAAGUGAAACUUAGGAAGAAGUUCUUUUUCUUGGAAAAUGGAUGCCUGGCUCAGACUAAAGGACACGCAGCGCACAGUUUUUAGCAGAAGCUGAAAAUGGAUGAUGCCUACUGAUGCUUUUCAAUGAUGUCAUCUCCUUUUUUCCUGUUUGAGAUGUGUGAUAGGAAAAAGUUUUAAGACUGAGUGACCUCUUCAUCCCUUGACUUCUCUUUCCGCAAGCCCGAAAACCAUCUGAAGAAAUGACCACCCAGCUACCAGAGGAGUCCGUGGAGACCCAGACCUCAGAUGAGCUUGAGUGCAAGAUAUGUUACAACCGCUAUAACUUGCGACAGAGAAAACCAAAAGUGCUGGAGUGUUGUCACAGAGUAUGUGCCAAAUGCCUUUGCAAGAUCAUAGACUUCGGUGAUUCCCCACAAGGAGUCAUAGUGUGCCCGUUUUGCAGGUUUGAAACGUGCCUGCCAGAUGAUGAGGUUAGUAGUCUUCCUGAUGACAACAACAUCCUUCUAAAUUUAGCUUGUGGGGGAAAGGGAAAGAAGUGCCUACCAGACAACCCAACAGAACUGUUGCUGACUCCCAAAAGGCUGGCAUCCCUGGUUAGCCCUUCUCACACCUCUUCUAAUUGCCUGGUUAUAACAAUCAUGGAAGUACAAAGAGAAAGUCCCCAGACUCUGAACUCAACCCCUGUAGUAGAAUUUUACAGGCCUACAAGUUUUGACUCUGUUGCAACUGUGUCCCACAACUGGACAGUGUGGAACUGCACAUCCUUGCUCUUCCAGACCUCAAUUCGGGUGCUAGUGUGGUUGCUAGGUUUACUGUACUUUAGUUCCUUGCCUUUAGGGAUUUAUUUACUGGUAUCUAAGAAAGUUACCCUUGGGGUUGUCUUUGUAAGCCUUGUUCCUUCGAGCCUUGUUAUUCUCAUGAUUUAUGGCUUUUGCCAGUGUGUUUGCCAUGAAGUUCUAGACUGCAUGUCAUCUUGAUAACAAAUACAGUAAAAUAAGAUGUGUUACCAGAUGUGUAGCAUAGUUAAUUUAUCCUGUCUUUGUAUUCUUAUUUAUUCUUAUUGUUGUCCAUCCCACUAAAUGGAAGCAGUAGCCCUAGCUAUAUGGUCCUUUUUUUUUUUUUCUACUGAAAUUGGUUCCUCCCACACCGAGCUUUUCUUGAGCUAAAAAUUGGAAAUAAAAUUUACAUGUUGAUUUUAAAAGGCCAAGUUUUAGAAAGGGAUAAAGCAAAAUUGCCAAACUUGGUGCAGCCUGCUGCUGCCACUGUUUAAAUGAGUAGCCCUUUGCUUUCUAUUGGCUUCAUCAAGUCAGUCCAGGCUGUGGGAUCCACCCUGGAUAAUUGUGGAAAGAAAUAAUUGUAACAGGCACCUUCCAGGUCCAAGUACUACAUGUCUUCACCCAAAGCAUCUCAUGUUUUGGGAUAUCUGUUGUUUAUCGUCCAUUUUUACUUAUAACAAAUUAAAUCACUUUGUUAGUUAAUGUUAUAUGAAGAAUAAGACAAGAUACCGUUGCUUUUUUUAGUUCUUGUUAUAGCAAAAAUACGUGUAGGAGGCCAAUGAUUAUAGUCUCGUCAUAUUCUGCAAAAUGAGGAAUCUUUUUUUUUUUACCAUGCUAAAAACAUGUCUCCAGAACACUUUCCCCAAAGAGAAGCCCAUUUUUCUUAUCACACAAUUGCAUCUCACUGCAAAAUAUUCCUGAUAGUGAGUACUUCCAGAGACCCAGCCACACAUUUGCUGUUCUUCAGGUGCGCUUAUUUCAGUGUACAUAUACCUUAAGGCUUCCCUUUGAGAGUUCAGAGCUCUGCAGACUUCUCUAGAUACGUUGUACUUACCCUCCCUUCCAGCAUUUCCACCACCACACACGUUUCCAAGCCACUAGUCCUCCUAACAAAUGAACAACCUUAUGCACAUGUACUCUGCGGUAGUUAUGCUGGAGAAUUUGGCUUAUGUGACUUCAUAUCUCAAGACAGACUUUUGUUCCCAGCCAUUAAGAAAUGGAUCUUUAAUCGCUAAUACAAAUUGGAGAAAAGUUCUAAAAUGGUUAACUGGUUUUUCGUUCACUUUUUUUUUCUUUCUGAGUUCACAGAAUGAGCAAA